AAUCAGGAUAGUCAUAGAACAAGUCUGAAGUUCAUACAGUGGAAAAGUUGAAGCUUCCGGAGCAGCAAGAAGGAGGGAUCAGCUUUGGCCUCUUCUACACUUCUCAGUCUUUUUGCCCGUAUUGUUUCGUACCAGGUACUCGCUUUCAGCGAACGAGAUGUUGAGAAGCUUGGGGAGGGUUUUUUCCGGUCGGGACGAGACCGACACGCUCCCAUGGACCGACGCAAAGAUGAUUGCCGACUGUGAGAAUGCUGCGUCGUCAGACCUUGCUGGGACAGCAGAUUCUAAAGACAGUGUGAAGAACCUGGCGUACACUCUCGUGCACUCAACACGAGAGGUAGAUGUCAGGAGGGGCGUUGCUAUGUUGGAAACCAUGCUGGGGCGUGACACUUCCCCCCUCGAGAAGCGAGAGGUGCUAUACCUGCUGGCGGUUGGCCACUUCCGGUUAGGGGACUACCUGCAGAGCAAGACGCUCGUCGAGCAUGCGCUCGAGAUGGCUCCGGAUUUUCGGCAAGCGACGACACUUAGAAAGAUUGUCGAGGAUCGGAUAGCAGCAGACGGGCUGAUCGGCAUCGGCCUAGCUGCCGCGGCCGUGGGCGUCGUCGGCGCUGUUAUAGCGGCUGCAGCAGCCGGGGGUAGGAGGCGUUGACUGACCACUUAGCAGUGUACAUAUGUACAGUCGUCAGAACCGGUUCUAAAAGUACUGAACAUCUACCAUCUGUGUACAGACCUGUUGUUACGGUGGAAUGAAACUAAGCGCUUCUCC